AUGUUAGGUACUCUUGGUGAGUUCAACUUGAAUCUUGGCAAAUCUGUUGAGUCUGCAUCCUUGUUUACGGUAGUUGCCCAACCUACGCUUGUGAACCGAGUGUUAGAGGCGCAGAGGGAUGACCUUGAGGUGGAAAUCCUUAGGGAGAAGAUCUCUAAUAGGAAGGUAGAGAAGGGUCUGAAUAUGUAUCCCGACCAGAGUGUGAGAUACCAUGAACGGAGGAAAGAACAUGAGAAUCACUUGAGAAUUGCUCUACAGACUGUGAGAGAAAGGAAGCUAUAUGCCAAAUUAUCCAAGUGUGAAUUUUGGCUUGAUAGCGUAGCAUUUCUGGGACAUGUGAUUAACAAAGAUAGCAUAUUAGUGGAUCCACAGAAAAUCGAGGCUAUUGUUGAUUGGUCAAGACCAACUAAUGUGUUCGAAGUCAGAAGCUUUCUAGGAUUUACUGGAUACUACAGAAGAUUUGUGAAAGAUUUCUCGAAACUUGCUAUGCCGUUGACACAGAAAAACAUGCCAUUUAAUUGGACUAAUCAGCGGGAGUCAGCUUUCCAGGAAUUGAAGACUAGAUUGAUAAUUGCACCUAUCCUAACAUUGCCUAAUGGAACUGAUGGGUUUUAG